UAAACAUUGGAAAUUGAACCCGUGCAUUGAAGUGACAGUGACACAGUUCCGUGUUUACGAAAUGAAUUCCGUUAUCAGGGUUUCCUAAUCGGUUGUGACAUGUGACUUGGAUGUAGAAGUCAUCGCAAUGGAUAGUGAUACCGCUAUUGCAAGUCUUCCGGAAGAAGGUGUCUAUAAUGAUGUGCCAAUACUGGACACUGAUACCAUAACAGAUAUUAUACCCGUUGUUGUGAGCACAGACUAUAACCCUACGGUUACAUACACAUAUAAAGACAUGGAUACAUAUCAAGGGCCAGCCGUUUGGCUAAAUAAGACUAAUGGUGAGGCAGGUGACCCCAUUUUUAUCCAGACAGCAGCUGCAAAAGUUAUAGCAGGGCUAUUUACCGUUCUUGCUCUGCUUGUGACCAUACAUCAGAUUUAUCGGCAUCUGAAAUACUACAACAAGCCGAGUGAGCAGCGAUGGAUUGUCCGAAUACUGUUUAUCGUUCCGCUCUAUUCCUUCGACUCAUGGCUGAGCCUUCUCUUCUUUGAGGAGAGCUACUACGUGUAUUUCGACAGCGUGCGAGAUUGCUACGAGGCGUUUGUAAUCUACAACUUCUUGAGCUUGUGCUACGAGUACCUUGGAGGAGAGAGUGCCAUCAUGAUGGAAAUCAAGGGAAAAUCCCUAAAGGGGAGUUUAUUGUCGUGCACGUGCUGCCUUGCAAACAGAGCCUACACUAUUGGAUUUUUGCGCUUUUGCAAGCAAGCGACGCUUCAGUUCUGCCUUGUGAAACCUGUGAUGGCCAUCGCAACUAUUAUACUGCAGGCAUUUGGUUGUUACAGUGAUGGCGACUUCAGUGUAAAAAGUGGGUAUCUGUACAUCACAAUUAUCUACAAUAUCUCCUACACGAUGGCGCUGUAUGGACUCUUCCUCUUCUACCAAGCGACAAAGGUGAUGCUGAAACCAUACGAUCCAGUGCUAAAGUUUUUGACCAUCAAAUCAGUCAUUUUUAUAUCAUUUUGGCAAGGUGUCGGCCUGGCAAUCAUGGAGAGUGUCGGAUUCAUCCAGCCGACGUACAACGUGGCCGGCGAGGAGCAGGAGGGAGUCGGCACCGUCGCCGCCGGUUACCAGAACUUCAUCAUCUGCAUCGAGAUGUUCUUUGCGGCGAUCGCGUUGCACUUUGCCUUUCCUUACAAAAUCUACAUGAUGAGUGUGUUCACACUGGAUCCGGACUCUCGCUUGGCCAACAGCAAUGUGAGGGGCAGCAACACACUAACCAGCAUAUCUAGUAGCCUACAGGAGACCCUGAACCCAAAGGACAUCAUGGUCGAUGCCAUUCACAACUUCCACCCCAACUAUCAGGAGUACACGCAGUACACGCCCGAAGGAAACAAGAUGUCCGCCGAGGACGAGCGGAUUGAACAGCUGCGAGCGAAGCAGCGCACACACGUGCAGCAGCAGCAGCAGCAGCAGCAGCAGCAGCAGCAGCAGCAGCAGCAGCAGGUGGCAGAUGGCGCCACUGCACAGUCCGAGGCUGACAAGUCCGAGGCAAAGUUCACUGAUGACAUCAUCCUGCUCGAUUCCGAUGUUGAGUAGACAAGAAAGCGUCCGCGGCCUGCAACGACGACGCUGUAGUUGGGGGUCGCGGGGUCGACCUUUCGAGGUUGGCUUUUCGAUUCCUCGGUUUCCGCGACAACCGGUUCGUUACGCGUCUCGGAAUGUUUGUGGAAUCGUGUCAGAGUGGAAGGGUGCGGAGAGCCAAGCCAGUCGUCGUUGUUGUGGGGAGGUGGGAAUUUGUAAAUACUAAUGAAUGCGUAUCAAUCAUUGUCACAUGUGAAUGUUUGCCGUGAAUCUGGAAUCCGACGGCCGGACGAGAGAUCUUGGUGUAAAUUGGACUACGUUUGACUAUCAGUUGUCGGGUGUGUGCGUCGGUUGUCUGCGGUGAGAGACAGGCUUACCUGUCGUGCGUGCGUGCGUGUUGUUCCACUGCACGUACUAAACGACAGGGCGGUGCUAGCAAGAGUGAUGUCUUAGCAGCAGGCAUGCAACAAGAUCAGCAAAAAGUGACGCUAGCCGCGGGGCGUGCAAAGUGCGCGCACACAAAUUCGUUUUGUAUGUUGAAGCGAUGGCUCUUCCACGUUUUUUUAUUGCGUGACCGUGACAAAUGUCUUGACGAGACGACGAAUGAAAAUUAAUCCGUGCUUUUAUAAGACUAGUAGUUAUGAGCAGUAGAAGCAUUGCAUGCGCGCCGGCUUGCAUGCGGCUGUCAAGCUCGUACUGGUGAGCGGUCAUAUAUUGUUAUAACUUUUAUUGUGAAGAGAAUUUUAAACGUUGUAUUUUAAACGUGUAACUUAGUUGCUAGUUAACAUAGCUUAAUUGCGUGUAAUAGUGUGUGUGUGCUGCUGUUUAUUGUAUUUAAUAUAGUCUUUCAACGAGUUUUGUGCAGAUCUUUUUAGUGUAUCUUAAGGGGCGUAGCUGUAUUCAUGCCAACAUAACACCCACCAUUGCACAGUAUUUAUCCGUGUAUCUAUCUAUCUAUAUCUAUUCACAUGUAUAUAUAUAUAUAUAUAUAUAUAUAUAUAUAUUAAUUUAUGUAUGUGUGCUUUUGUGUGUGUUCAUGAUAUUGACUACCAGUUUUUAACAGAACUUCACCUAGAACACACGAUAACAUGCACAAUUUUACAAAUUACGAAUUAAUUUUACCAUCCUACAUUCUAAUCCCACUUUUUCUCCCCUAAACCUCUUCAGCUACGCCCAGCUCCUAUCGCAUGGUUUUCUGGUGAAAAUUCUGACGUUUCCUCCCGUAAAUGCUACGUGUUAUUUACGACUGCACACACGAUACUCGAUGUUUUUAUUAAAAACCCUAUUUUUUAUCUUUAAACGCGGUGGAUUUAUCUCGGCGAUCUAAAGCCAUCACUGCAUGUCAACGUUGCGUUGGUCCUUGUCGGCGUGCAAUGCUGGCAAUUAGCAAUUAACUACGCGUCCUAUUGUGGUGUGUGCUGGCUGCUCAAAUCAGCUCAAGUUUACGUCAGUUAUGGCCUCGUUUAUUCCGUAGUGAAACAAAGGGCAUUUCCGUUAAAUGUUUGCAACAUUUACGUGUAUAGUGUUUAAUUAAUUAAUUAAUCCGUCUCGUUAUGCAAAGCAGAUCUACGCAUAUAGUUACACACACACAUAUAGUUUCUGGUUACGUGUUCUAGUUCUCGCGAGAGAACGCGGUGAUUGCAAUGAAUCAAAUCUUGAACGUCGUGCAACCCAAAAAAAAAUUAACACGAAUUUACGAAAACGAUGUCCGUGUUUGUGACGCUUAGAAUGAAUAGACAGAUGUUUAUUUAUGCAGAAUUUU